UUUUGAGAAGCUCUCAAUGGAGGUUGUACAUCAUGCUAGAGGCCUUCCUUUAGCCUUGAAAGUGUGGGGUUCUUUAUUACAUAAGAGGGACAUAACCGAGUGGAGAAGUGCUAUCGAGGAAAUGAAAAAUAACUGUAAUUCAGAAAUUGUUGAAAAGCUUAGAAUUAGCUAUGAUAGAUUGAAUAUCAUACAACAAGAUAUAUUUCUGGAUAUAUCAUGCUUCUUUCGAGGGAAAGAUAAAGAUUAUAUCAUGCAAAUUCUUGAGAGCUGUUAUUCUGGAGCAAAUAUCGGAUUGCGUAUCUUAAUGGACAAAUCUCUUGUGUUCAUCUCUAUAAAUAAUACUAUUGAAAUGCAUGACUUAAUACAAGAGAUGGGUAAAUACGUGGUGAAAAUGCAAAAAAAAUCGGGAGAACCUAGCAGAAUAUGGCACACUGAAGAUUUCAAAGAAGUUAUGGUCAACAACACAGAGCUUUUGCCGUGUCUACGAUGGCUAGAUCUCAGCUUCUCUGAUAGGCUGAUGCAAACACCAAAUUUCACGGGGAUGCCAAAUUUGGAGUGUUUGAAUCUGAAGAGAUGUAGGAGUCUUAAAAAGGUGCAUCCUUCACUGGGAAAUUGCAAAAAACUCAAUAAGUUAAGUUUGUAUCGUUGUAAAAGCCUUGAGAGGUUUCCAUGUGUUAAUGUGGAGUCUCUUGAACAUCUGGAUCUAGAGGGCUGCUUAAAAUUAGAUAAAUUUCCAAAUUUCUUUGGGAGAAUGAAGUUGGAGUUAGAGAUUAAGGUAGAAGGCACUGGUAUAAGGGAACUACCCUCAUCUAUUCAGUAUCUAACUCAUAUUACCAAGAAACAUUUGCUAGGCAUGAAAAACCUUGAAGCUCCUUUUACGGAGCUAGAUUUGGCGGGCAUGAAAAAACUUAUAGCUCUUCCGAGCAGCAUUGGCAUGUUGAAAGGUUUGGUGAAGCUAGAUGUGUCAUGGUGCUUAAAACUUGAAAGCUUGCCAGAAGAGAUUGGUGAUUUAGAGAACUUGGUGAAUCUUGAUGCGAGCUGCACUAGAAUUUCAAAACCUCCAUCUUCCAUCGUCCGCUUGAACAAGCUUAAAUUCUUGAAUUUUGCAGGACAAUGUUUAGAAGAUGGAGUGUACUUUGUGUUCCCUCAGGUGAAUGAAGGGUUACGCUCAUUGGAAAUUCUGAAUCUCAGUUCAUGCAAUUUAAUUGAUGGAGGACUUCCAGAAGACAUUGGAUGCUUAUCGUCUUUGAAAAAGUUGGAUCUCAGUAAAAACAAUUUUGAGCAUUUGCCUGGAAGCAUAGCCCAACUUGGUGCUCUUGAAGCCUUGUACUUAUCAUAUUGCAAGAGGCUUACACAGUUGCCAGAAUUUCCGGAGCAGUUAGAUAAAAUAGAUGCAUAUUGGAGCAAUGAUUCAAUCUGUAAUUCAUUGUUUCAGAAUAUCUCAUCAUUGCAGCAGCAUGACAUCUCUGCUUCAGAUUCCUUGUCAUUAAGAGCGUUCGUUAGUUGGGAGGAGAAUAUCCCUAGUUGGUUCCACCAUCGAGGAUUUGAUAAAAGCGUAUCAGUCAAUUUGCCUGAAAACUGGUACGUUCGUGAUAACUUCUUGGGAUUUGCUGUAUGUUACAGUGGUGAAUUAAUUGACAUGACAGCUCAGUUGAUUUCCUUAUGUGAUAUGGGACCUCGGGUAUCACCUGGAAGCUUGCCUUAUCCAACCAUUCAGAUUGGAAUUCUAAGAUUUAUUUUUUCUUGGUACCUUUUGCUGGCUUAUGGGAUACAUGUAAGGCAAAUGGGAAAACACCAAAUGACUAUGGGCUUAUUACGUUAUGUUUCUCUGGAGAAAUGA